GGUAUAUUAUCAACAUAUCUAUGUGCUCUAUUAAAAGAAGGAUUAUGCAUUCGUCUUUUAUCUCACUUAUUAUUACGUAACGCAUUAAAUAGACUAACCAGAUCACCUUGUAGGUUGAAAUAA